AUGCAAGUUGUAACAAGAUAUUUAAAAAUAACAAUAAUUAUUUUAUUAAAUUUAAUCAUAACGUUAGUACGAUGUGACAUUUGUUUCGUAUGUAAAUGUUUUUUUGUCAACGUUCAACCGACCGAACCAGAAAUAGAAGAAAAUGUACAAUUAAUAUCAUUUAAAUAUAAAAUAGAAAAUGUCGAAUCGUAUAAUCCAAAUGCAACAUACGAAAAUUUAAAAAAAUUUUUCUACGUCGAUUGUUCCAGUGAUUCAAACGUCGGUCAAAUAAAUAAUUUAAAUUGGCCAAAUUUAAAAAUAUUAGGAAUAUUUGGAAAUUUUAAAAAGAGCAAAUGGAAAAAAUUAGAAUUUUUCCCAGAUGAUAUAAAAAAACAAAUGACUGUUUUAUCACUUUCAAAUAAUUUAAUAUCUGAAAUAGAACCUCAUGAAUUAGAUGAUUUUAAUAAUGUUAAAAUGUUAAAUUUAAGCAAUAAUCAAAUAACUACAAUUAAAAAAUCAACUUUUACAAAAUUAAAUUUAUUACAAAUUUUAGAUUUAUCUGAAAAUAAUAUAAAGGAAAUUGAUGAUUGGGCUUUUUACGGAACUUUUUUUUUAAAAUAUUUAAAUUUAUCGAGUAAUUCAUUGAAAUUUAUAAAUUCUGAUAUUUUUCGCGGAUUGACAAAUCUUUCUGUAUUGGAUUUAUCAUCGAAUGAAAUAUUUAAACUCCCACAAGAUUUUGGAAAUUCAUUGCCGGAAUUAAAAAUAUUAACAAUAAAAAAUAACGAACUCACUAAAGUACCUGCUUUGCCUCUCGCCUUGAAAAAACUCGAUUUGAGUAAUAAUAAUUUUUUGGGAUUACAAUUGGCACAUUCGAAAUUGGAAAUUCUAAAAGCCGGUCAUAAUAAUUUAACGGAUAAUUUGAAUUUGGUUAGUCCAAACGUUUUGACAUUAGAUUUGUCACAUAAUAAAUUUACAAACGUACCUAAAGACAUAACAUCGACCAAUUACAAAUUAUUACAAAAACUUUUAUUAAAUGGAAAUCCAAUAAUAAAUUUAAAUUUUUCCGAGGAUGCCAAACCGUUUGAAUAUCUUCAAAUAAUUGAUUUAUCAAAUUGUUCUAUAUCAAAACUUGAUAAAAAUUUAUUUUCCAAGUAA